AUGGAUUUUGUGGAUAGAACAUUGAUUCUUCGUGAUGCAUCAUCAAAUUUUCAGAAAGUCUAUCUUCAAACGCAUAAUCACAUGAAUGCAUCUAGGGUUCAUUCAUGGAUCUCUUAUAUAACAACGCGUAAUGUCCAAGAACUCAGUCUUUGCUUGCGUCCAGAGAAACCUUUUUUCUAUUCCUUCAUCCCUUUCAAAUGUGAAUCACUGGCUAAACUGCAGUUAAGUGCAUUCUGUGCUAUUCAUAUUCCUAAAAGUUUCUCUUUUCCGAAACUCAAGAGCCUUGAACUUCGUUGUAUCCAAUUUAGUGAUGAUUGCUGGAAUGGGAAACACUUUUCAAAUUGCCCUGUCCUUGAAAAAUUGAUUUUGGGAAACUGGACUUGGUUCGGUGUGAGGAAAUUCUGCAUUUUAACUCCAGGUCUAAAAGUCUUGGAAAUUGAAAAUGAUAGUUUCGAAGAAGAUGGUUUACGUGAUUGUGAUCUCAAAAUUUAUGCACCGAAUCUAGUAUCUCUUUCCUACAUGGAUGCUGUGGCUAAGGAUUAUGACAUGUCCAGCUUUGUAAAAUUAGAUGACGCAGAAAUCUACUUCAAUAAAUAUGAUGGGGAUGAAAGGAUAGGUCAUGGUGCAGCUGUAAGGAAGUUUCUUCAAGCGCUUUCGCAUGUAAAAAGUCUAAUGGCAGGUGCUUUAGACCUAGAGGCUGCCCUCGUUGUAGACGACUUCAUAAACAUCCUACCUACAUUUCAUAAUCUGAACAUAUUGGACCUGAUUCUAGGACCAGCCACAGAUGAAUUAAUAUUUGCAUUGCUCAAAGCUGCACCUAAUCUGAAGAAGCUUCGAUUCGACUGCACAAGCAUGCAGAACUUUGGAUUUAAAUUUGACAUUUUUGACGAUGAUGAUGACAAUGACGAUAUAGUGUAUGAUGAAACUGAAGACUUUAUGAAUCACGAAGCGUAUAGAGGAAUGGAUAAGUCAGGCUUAUAUGAUGAAAUUGAAGACUUGUUUCGACACCUCCAGUCAGUUUACUUUAGCGCAUUUAGUGGGAAGAAGAGGGAGUUGAGAUGGGCAGAAUUAGUUUUGAAGAAUGCAAUAUCUUUGCAGACGAUGCUUAUUGUAUAUGGUACUCUCUGUUCUAAUGCGGGUAUGCUGAAAAGCAAAGAAGUAGUUAUGUCGGAGCUGCUAAGUUUUACAAGAGCCUCUUGGAGAUGUAAGGGAGAGAAGUUGAGGUUGCACCAAAGAGGUGGGUACAAGGACGGAUUUCGGAACGAGGUAAAAGACGAAGAGAAAGGUGAGGAAAACGAAAUCACAAUCGGUGUUGAGAAGGAGUACACGAUUGGAGGCUCGGGAUCAGGAGGUGAAGAACGAUAUAUUGGUAAAGGACGAAAAACGAAGGACCGUGAUACAAGGGGAACGCAGAUCGAAAGUGAAAGCCGGGACUGUGGAGAAACCUGGUCGGAUUGUGAAAGCCGGGACUACCGCGGAAAAGGAAAUGAACCAAGAAAAGGUGGAGGCAAACGAUAA